GUAGGCAGCUAGAAAAGGUUUGCAAACCGCCAAUCAAAUGAAAGAAGAAGAAAAUGUCCAGCAGGGGGCGGUAAACAGAAUUAUCAGCAGCUCAUUGUCUGAGUGUGACACAAAGCGGAAGUAAAACAAAAGGUUCGAACAGCGGCUCGCGGGGACUCAGCCAGGAGGCAGCUUCACUGUGGUUUAUCGCAAAUUGAUAUUUCAGUAAAAUGUCUUCAGUUCAGCGUCUGAGGGAGUUUAUCAGAGAGCGACUAACUGCUGCUGCUGAAGAAAUCUUCACAGAGGUUGAAAAAACCAUCGUCCGCUAUGAGGAAGACAUCAGACUGAUGGAAACCUGCAGGAACCCGCAGAUAAAACUCCACAGAAUCGACUUCCAGAAGCCAAAUGUCUCCAAUAAGGAGGAAGCCGCUGCCAUUGAUGGUUUCUGUAACUACAUGAGGAGAUCCAGUCAUGACCAGGAGGAACUAGAACCUGUAUGGACUAAAGAAGAACAGGUGGAACAAGGUCCUCUAUGGGUUAAAGUCGAGGGGAAGGAUCCAGAACCUCUUUCGAUAAAAGAGGAAGAAGAGACACAAGAGUCUUCUCAGAUUGCAGAAGAAAUUGUAGAGCUUGAGGCAUCAUGGGAUUAUGAGGAACAAAGGGAACCAGAUCCACCAAUGAUGAAAGAACAUGAGGAACCAAAAUCUCUUAUGAUGGACAGGGAAAAUGAGGAACCAGAUCCUUCAGUGCAGUCAGCUUUUUCAAUGGAGAGUUCUGCUCGUCAGGAAGUGUAUUUGAGAGAAAAGGAACAAGGAACUGAGAAGCUUUCAUUUAAUAUGUCUCCUUUAGUUCAGACUAAAGAUCAGAAGGAAAGCAGAUACACUGUGUCCGAGAGUCAGUCUGAAUCCGACACAGAGAAAAAGUCUUUUCAAUGUCACAUCUGUGGGAAAUUCAGUAAGACUAAAUAUGCCUUGAAAAUACAUUACAGAACUCACACAGGUGAAAAACCAUUUUGCUGUGAAACUUGUGGGAAGCGAUUAUCUUCGAGAAGUUCUUUAAAUGUUCACAACAGAAUCCACACAGGUGAGAAAACUUUUAUUUGUGAAAUCUGUGGGAAAAGGUUUGCUAGACGUAAUGAACUGAAGAUACAUCAGAGAAAUCACACUGGUGAGAGACCUUUUAUGUGUCAAAUCUGCGGAAGAAAUUUCUCUCAAAUUUGUUAUCUCAAUCUUCACAAACUAAAACAUUCAGGUGAGAGACCGUUUUCUUGUCAACAAUGUGGGAGAAGUUUCUUUACACGCAAUGAAUUGAAAGUACACCAGAGAACUCACACAGGUGAGAAACCUUAUUCAUGUGAAAUAUGUGGUAAAAGCUUUAUUGAACUUGGCAGACUGAAUGUUCACAAGAAACAAACACAUAAAAUCAGGGUGUCUGCAGGGUUUAAAAAGGUAGUUUAAGGAAAUUGUCAAAAUUUCUGUCUAUAAA